GUGCGCGCGCCGAUAGUGUUUGUUGUUCGUUGGAAAGUUUCGGCACGGAAAACGUAUGAAAAUGGGAAAAGCGUCAACAUCCAAGGAGUACACCGAAUUGGACGUUACCCAGUGCCUCCAAGCGAUUCAAAACCGUGUUCCAAUUUAGAUGGCAUGUAAAAGGUUCAACAUUCCUCGCUCUACAAUCAAGUUCCGGCAGAGUGUCAGAUGGUCCGGGAGAGCACGAAAAGGACCACCAACAGCACUAACGGCCAAAGAAGAAUCGACACUAGCUCAGUGGAUUCUGCAUAUGGCACGAAAGGGCUUCCCCAUCACCAAAGAGCGCUUAGUUUUGACAGUUCGGACAUUCUUAGCAGAAAAUCCUCGUAACGGAAACAUCCAAAUGAAAGCCGGAUACAAAUGGUGCGUUGGAUUUAUGAAACGACAUCCGGAAAUUUCGGUGCGAAAGCCUGAAAAGAUAACAAAAUCUGCUGCCACUGUAACUGAAUCAAAUAUAAGAAAAUGGUUCCAGUCUGUUCGUGAAAUGCUGAUAGAAGAUGGGUACGGUGGAAUUCUGGAAGAUGCACGGCGUGUUUUUAACGGUGAUGAGAUCGGGUUUUGCCUUGACCCGGAGACUAAGGCUGUUCUUAUAGCGAAAAAGGAGAAAAAAUGCUUAUCUUACCGAUACCGGAUCAAAGAAGAACAUAACUGUUUUGAACUCGUAUGGCGCCGCAGGAAUAGCUGUUCCUCCUUGCGUUAUCCUACCAUAUCAGCGAAUUCCGAUGAACAUUACGCGUAGUUUUCCCGCUGACUGGGGAGUCGGAAAAUCAGAAAGUGGAUGGAUGACGAAGGAGACUUCUAUGGCCUACAUAAGUAGUUAUUUCACCCUUUUUUGGUGAGAAAAAAAAAUACAACUCCCUGUUAUCUAUUUUAUUGACGGGCAUAAGAGCCAUACCGCAUAUGAAACAGCUGAAGAGUGUGUGUAUUAUUCAACCUGCUGACGUUGCUAUUUUUCGUUCCUUGAAGGCUGCAUGGACCAAGCAAGUACGAAUUUGGCAGGCUGUGAAUCCAGGCAGAGUUAUACGAUUGGACGAAUUUGGAGGAAUUUUGCAACGAACAAUCGAAGUUUCUUUCAAAUCAGAAACUUUCAGGAAUGGAUUCAGAGUAUGUGGGCUAUUUCCUUUUGACGAAAACGCUGUCGACUACUCAAAAUGUAUAGCAGGCAAAGCAAAUCCAGAACCGACAGGUCCUCGUGAGUCUGAGGCAACUAUUGCUGUUUCCCAAAAUUUUCUCGAAGGAAUCAUUCAGCAGAUCACCAGAGUCCGCAGAGAUCAGCAGAGUCCAGCGCAAGCUGCUCAAUACCGUGAGCUUGAUUUGGAUUUUUUCACUGGAGAAUCAAAGAAAAUAGUGUGUCGACUGUAUAAAGCAGUCCCUCAACCCCUCGAUCAACGAGUGCUUCACGACAAACCCAGCAAACAUGGUCAGAGUCAUGAUGAAGAAGAUCUCCGCUGUGAACAGCUGUAUGACGAUUCACUUUCAAACAAUGCGAUCCAAGAUUUUUCUGUAGAUAUUGACUGCUACUCAAUUGAACUUAAUGAGAAACGUGAAAACCUUGGACAGAUUGACGAAAAAGCUAACGGCGACUGUGAUCAGAUUCUUUCUUUUGAUUCAUUCUCUAAAGAAGACAUCUUGAUUGGACAUUGCGAAGAUGCAAUCGAGCAUUCUUCUCCCGAUGUCGAAAGCCACUCUUCGCAAGAUGUCAACCUAAACGAUUCGAAAGAAUCACGAAGUCAUGCAUCUGUUGAUUUGGGAAAUUUUACAUCGUUUGAUGAUAUGUUGGAGGUUGUUUCUUGUGAUGAUCCGGAAACCCCUCGAAAGGAAAUAGAUACCCCAGAGAACGACCCAUUGUCGAUGUCCAACUGCAGUGACCCUGAAACGACCAUUAAAAGCUACUUGAAUGAACCCGAUACGCCUAAGACGAACAAGAAGUUUAACAAGCAAAAAGCCCACCAGUUCUGACUUCACGAAAGCGCCUAGAGCUUCAUCGGAAGAAAGAAGAGGACAAGGAAAAUUCAAAGAGAGAAAAUUCGUAAGUCUGAGGAAAAACAUGAACAACGAACAAAACGAGCAAGAGAGAAAAAAAUUGAAAUGAUCAGGGAGACUACUGAGCGGCUGGAACGCUUCAAGUAUGGAUUACAGAAAAUUGAUACUAAUAAGAAUCAAGCUACAUGUACUGCAGGCACUGCUUAAAUACUCCGUGACAUACAAUGAUCAAUGUAAUCUUCUUUUCUGACAAUCAGCAAUCGAAAAUAAAUCACAUUCAAAUUCCAACUUUUUAAACAUUUUCUCAGUUUAUGGAAAUGAGUCAUAUUUUAAAGAGAUUUUUUAUUAUAUUCCAGAAAUUGGUCUCAGAGUCAUAGGUAACUUGACACGACACUCUAUGGGCUUCAAGCAAAAUGAUUCAUCCAAAAAGAGGAAUUUAAGUACCCCAAUCAAUGUUGUUUUUAGCUUUUUAUGCAUCUAAAAAAGCUGAUGUUUAAGCAAAUUGAUGAGUGGUGGAUGGAGUCAACAUCUAUUAUUUACAGAUAUCUCUUAGAAGUCAUGUUUCUUGGCACCAAUAGGUGUAGCGAUGCCCUGAA